CCCUGAUUAACGUUACCCCCGCUACUAUAUAGGACCAUAACAGAUAGAGCGGAAAGGCAACCUGUCAUUUACGGCAAAGCGGCGACAGAGAAAUCGUCCUCAGACCUUCAUCCGUCAGAAUGGACUACAGCACAGAGCUCAAUUCCCGGCCCCGGCAGCCAGCCUCCUCAUUCAUAUAUUUCUGGCUCAUCUUCGCCUUGUCGCAAGCCCUGGGGGUGGCAUUCGUGGUAAUGUUGGGAGUGUGGCUUUACAAAUACCAAAAGGGGUUCGCGUGGACGGAGAAUCCCCAGGUCGAGUUCAACUACCACCCUCUCUUCAUGGUGAUAGGGCUGGUGUUUCUGUAUGGAGAGGGUAUUCUGGUGUACAGGGUGUUCCGAAAUCAAAGGAAGAUCUACAUCAAAGUGGUCCACGCCUCCGUGCAGGCCAUUGCCGUCAUCUUCAUCAUAGUGGGGCUGAAGGCGGUAUUUGACUCCCACAACCUGGUCCAGUACAAAAUUGCCAACCUGUACAGUAUUCACAGCUGGCUGGGGCUAGCGACCAUUAUACUGUUUGGGUUGCAGUAUAUAUUUGGCUUCGUGGCUUUUAUGUAUCCCAAGUUGGGCCAAAAUGGCCGCGAGAUGCUGAUGCCUCUACAUCGGUACUGGGGCGUCGCCGUGUAUGGGUUGGCUAUAGCCACAUCACUGAUGGGAAUGGUGGAGAAAAUCAUAUUUAGUGUGGAAGACUACAGCAAGAAAGGCAAAGAGGCGGUCCUGGUGAACUUCAUUUGCUUGGUAAUGGUAUCUGCAGGACUGUGUGUGGUAUAUUUAGUCUGCAGGCCAGAGUACAAACGGAUCCCACUGCCGGAAGAACAGGCAGUGAACGAAAAGUAGAAAGACGGAAAAAGACGAUGGCAUUCGGAACU